AGCGAUAGGAACAAAGGGAUAGAGAUAAACGAUAUCCAAUGAGAGAUCUUUUUCGAAAAAGCAGUGUUCUCAUUGGAUAUUGCCUAUCGCUAUCGCUAUUCCCUUAUUUCUAUCGCUAUCGCCUCGCAUUGUGCAAGCGCCUUUAAAGUGCUUUUUUGUGGAAAUCUUUUGGUUUCUGCCUAGUAUGCUCACGAAACGACCGAGGUCAAACUUUGUGCAAACGCUCAAGACCAACGCCAAGAUAAUUCUUAUAUUGGAAGGUGUGCUGUUUCUAGGAUCAUACGGACUCUGGCGUUGUAUGAAUACUUCACAAGAUUUCAGAUAUUAUAUGCACCAACAUUUCCCAAGUAUAUUAGAAGGCUAUUACUUUGUUGGAGAAAAAUUAUCUGGCAAUGAUCAAUUGAAAAAAUUUGAUUACACAACGUGGACACAAGAAUGCAAUGAACAUUAAACCUUCAUGGCGUUCCUGAAGUUUGCAACAUCAAUAGUUCUUGGUGGAGGUAUAGGAUACAUUUUGCUUCAAAGUGUUUCACCAAAUGAAUCAGAAAUUGUGAAGUAUCUUCCACCACAUUCAUCGCAGGAGCAAAAGUUUUUCAGACUAUAUAAACAACAAUCUGGAGAAUUUAUAAAUCAAGAUAAGCUGAACAUAAAUUCUAAGAAAUAUAAGCUUCAAGAUAGCACAAACGUUGAAAAAUAGCAUUUGUCUACUAAGAUGGAUUCCACAGAACUUAUAGAAGGAAGUUUGCCAGAUCGUAUUACAAAGAGGGAUCGUGAAAGAAAAAAUAUUAUUGAAAAACGAAGAGAAGAACGGCAAUCUCUUGUCGUGGAAUGCGAGCAGAGCAAUUAUUUUAAAGACACUUUUUAUUCUUCUUGCAAAAAAAUUAAAGAUAUGCUGGAUGAUGCGCCCAAUCGACCGCCCUCAGCUUUACCGGGAAUUUUCGAGAAAUCCAAUAAAGAAAUUCAAUUGCUUAAAAACUAUUUAUUGCAAUCUAAAAUAUUUCUGAAAGUUUAUGAUAUAAGACGCGCACAAGAAAACUUGCAAAUGUUAGAGAAUGAAGCUUCUGAAUUAGAAAUGAAACUUUUGCCUAAGAAAAAAUUUGGAUUUAAGAAUCGUAGAAUCGUAAAGAAGCCUUCUGACAAGGGACACGAUAUCACGGAUGGCUUAAAAGAUGUGAAAAUAGUCGAGAGCAUCGUAAAUGGUUCAUCGAAGCAAAACAAUAAAUUCUCAAGCAAGUAUGGGGAUAACGCUUGUAUGCUUCAGGGCAAAGUGAACGAGCAACUUGUAUUGGAUGUUGAGAAUGUAAAUAAAAAUGACAUUCUACUUUCCGAUCUGAUUCAGUGUACUGUACGAAUAUAUGGUACACCUAGUACAUUACAUAUGGUAAACCUAAAACAAUGCACUAUAUUAGUAGGACCAGUGACAUCCUCUGUGUUUGCGCACGACUGUAGUGAAUGCGUAUUUGCUUUUGCAUGUCAACAAUUGCGAUUACAUUCGUCGACAGAUUGUACCAUUUAUUUGCAUGUGACAAGUAGAGCAAUUAUAGAAGAUUGUACAAAGAUAUAUGUAGCACCUUACAACUGGUCUUACGAAGAUCAGACGAGCCAUUUUAAUCUAGCCGGCCUCGACCCAAAGAUUAACAAUUGGAAUUGUAUAGACGAUUUUAAUUGGCUAUCCAGUGAAAAACAUUCACCAAAUUGGUCCAUUCUUGAACCAAAUCUUCGAGUAAAAACGUGGGAUUAAAUAAACAUUUGUAAAAAAAGAAGAAAAAAGAGCGCUUAAAAUUAUCUGUUAUAAUUGAAAUGUUUAUGACACUUAAUUUUUUUUUAAACUUCUAAACAUUGCUUUAUCUACAUAAAUAAAUUAUAAAUAAUUAUGUAUAUGUGUGUGUAUAUUGUUCACAUACUGUACUUUUUCACAGGAUAAAAGUUAUGUGUUUUAUAUACUUAUAAUGUAAUACAUUUAGUCUGUGCAAUAUAUGCAAUAUAUGCAAUUA